AGAGACGCAACUCUGAAUCUUCUCCUUUGACUGACAGCUGCAGCACCGUCCUCAUUCCUCAUUAAUUUGGUGUCAAUAAAAUGACUCUUUUUGGCCUGUUUCACUCACAGUCUUUCAGGGAAGAGUUGGAGAUGGGAGCGAAUGGAUAAGUGUUCUCGGAGCAGAUUGUUAGAGCAGUUUUUUUUCCUCCCAUCACCAUCAUGACCGCCUUAGACUUCUCGGAUGUAGAGGCUUUUCUGGACAGCCACCCGGAUCUGUUCGAGGAGUACAUGGUUCGGAGAGCGAAGUGCAACCAGGUGAGCAGGUGGCUGAGGGAGCACCAGCCGUCCAAAGGGUCCACUGUGGCGGAGGAGGAGAAGCGGGGCGCAGCCGCGGGGGCUGCCGGUGCUCCGGAUCCGUUGUGGCCGACCGGCGGCGACGCGCUCCGGCGCAGGUCCUCUCACAUGGAGCUGCGCCGGAGCUUCGCCCGCUCCAAGGCAACCACCGCGCACCACACCUACGACGAGCACGUGAGCCUGAGCGAGCACGACGAGACCCAGUCCAGCGUCCGGCGCCGCGCUCUCCUGCGCAAAGCCAGCUCUCUGCCGCCGACCACUGCGCACAUCCUGAGCGCGCUGCUGGAGUCCCGUGUCAACGUGCCCCAGUACGCGUCCAGCGCCAUCGACUACAAGUACAGACUGAAAGAAACCAACGAGCGGGAGUUCUUCCUGGAGCUGGUGAAGGACGUGUCCAACGAGCUGGACCUGACCCACCUGAGCUACAAGAUCCUGAUCAACGUGUGCAUCCUGGUGGACGCGGACAGGUGCUCGCUCUUCCUGGUAGAGGGACCCGCUCAAAAGAGGACACUCGUGUCCAAGUUCUUCGAUGUCCACUCGGGGACCACGGUCAGACCUUCAUCCAGCACUCUGAACUCCAAUGAAGUGCAGGUGCCAUGGGGGAAAGGGAUCAUUGGAUACGUGGCAGAGCAUGGAGAGACUGUGAACAUCUCGAACGCAUACGAGGACCACCGCUUCAGUGAUGAGAUCGACAAGUUAACAGGCUACAAGACUCAGACCAUCCUCUGCAUGGCCAUCUGCAACAGCGACGGGGAAGUCAUAGGGGUCGUCCAAGCUAUCAACAAGAACCCUAUGGGCACCCCUUUCACGGAGGACGAUGAGAAGGUGCUGCAGAUGUAUCUGCCGUUCUGUGGAAUAUCGAUUUCCAAUGCCAAGUUGUUUUCGGAGUCUCGUAAGGAGUAUGAAAGGAGCAGGGCGCUGUUGGAGGUGGUCAACGACUUGUUUGAAGAGCAGACCGACCUGGAGAAGAUUGUCAGGAAGAUCAUGCAGCGAGCGCUGACCCUGCUGCAGUGUGAACGCUGCUCUGUGCUCCUGCUGGAGGACAUCGAUUCACCUGUGGUGAAGUUCUCCAAGACGUUUGAGCUCAUGUCUCCUUUGUGCAACAUUGACAGAGACAUCAACAUGGAGAAGUUAUCCUGCUCUGAUUGGCUGAUCAAUAAUAGCAUCGCUGAGCUAGUGGCUUCCACAGGGCUGCCUGUUAACAUCAGCGACGUCUGUCAGGACCCACGCUUCGAUGCUGAGGCAGAUCAGGCCUCAGGGUUUCACAUCAGGUCGGUGUUGUGCGUUCCCAUCUGGAAUCGAACUCAUCAGAUAAUCGGUGUUGCUCAAAUUUUGAACCGCUUGGACAGGAAGACAUUCAAUGAUGCAGAUCAGAGGCUGUUUGAGGCGUUUGUAAUAUUCUGUGGACUUGGGAUCAACAACACGAUGAUGUACAACCAAGUGAAGAAGACAUGGGCCAAACAGUCCGUAGCACUGGAUAUGCUGUCUUACCAUGCUACCUGCUCCAAAGUAGAAGUUGACAGGCUUAAGGCUGCUAAGAUCCCCCUGAGCAGYGAGCUGGGCAUCGACGAGUUCCACUUCAACGACUUCUCCCUGGACAGCGACGCAAUGAUCACCGCCUCGCUCAGGAUGUUUCUGGAACUUGGUGUGGUCCAGAAGUUUAAAAUUGACUACGAGGUUCUGUGCCGCUGGCUUCUGACUGUGAGGAAGAACUAUCGAACUGUGGCGUACCACAACUGGAGGCAUGCUUUCAAUGUGUCACAGUGCAUGUUUGUCAUGAUCACAACAACAACUUUCCAAGACGUCCUGUCAGACGCAGAGAUCCUGGCGCUGAUGGUCGGCUGUUUGUGCCACGACUUGGACCACCGAGGCACAAACAACGCAUUCCAAGCCAAGACCGGCUCGGCUCUGGCUCUCCUCUACGGGACAUCAGCCACCCUGGAGCAUCAUCACUUCAACCACGCAGUUAUGAUCCUACAAAGUGAGGGUCACAAUAUCUUUGCAAACCUCAGCUCCAAAGAAUACAGCAACAUGAUGCAAAUAUUAAAGCAGGCAAUUCUCUCGACAGACCUUACUUUGCACUUUGAGCGCAGAACAAAGUUUUUUGAGCACGUUCUGUCUAGUGAAUUCAGCUGGAGCAUUGAAGAACACAGAGGGCUUCUCAGGUCUAUGUUGAUGACUGCGUGUGAUUUGGGAGCCGUCACUCGUCCGUGGAAGAUUUCGAAACAGGUUGCAGAGCUGGUGACGAGUGAAUUCUUUGAACAAGGAGACAGGGAGAGGUCUGAGCUUAAAUUAACCCCAGCCGCCAUCUUUGAUCGUAAUCGUAAAGAUGAACUACCUGCCUUACAGCURGAAUGGAUUGAUGGGAUCUGUAAACCUCUUUAUCAGGCGCUGCUGAAGCUCAACAGGAAACUGCAGCCGAUGGUGGACGGGAUAAAUGCCAAUCGGGAGAAGUGGCAGGAGCUCUGCUUUACCAGCCAGCAGAUGUGCCGAGUCUCCUUGUCCAGUCAGAGUACCGACCCGGGUCAGAACACUAAGUCCAGUGACGAGGCGGAAACCACACAACUGCCGGAGACAACGGGGAAAGUGAACCACGUUAACAACGCAAAGUUUGGGUCAAAGUCUGAGUGCAGUGAUGCUUUAAGAUGCAGCACAAACAAAGAUGCAAACACAACGUCUGCAGGGAAAAAGUAGAGCUUUUUUAUGGCUCACGCUGAUUUUUAUUAUAUAUCUAAGACAAGCACCACCACCCCAAAYUAACUAGGAAAUGAAACCUUUUUUUGUCAGCUACCUGCUUCUGCCAAACAUCACUGUGCUGAACUCAGGAGUCAUGUUGGUGUUUUUGAAGGGCAUCGCYCCUGUUUGUGUUCACACAUCAGAAACUGAAACCAAAGAGGGCCUCAUAGGUCACAGUAAAGGCCCAAUGAAAUGCCUUUUUCUAAACAAAAAUAUGAAGUAAACACUGUGGCGCAUCACAGAAAUGAAUGUAGUCUGGAGCAUAAUCAUGUUCCUGAAUGUAAACUGUCUUUUUGUUSUUAAAUGUUUGACUGCAUGGCCUUAAUUCAGCAUUUCUUGAUGAGUUAUUUGACAACUUUAGUAACUUGUUGCAUGUAUGUCACAUCUGUUAAUACUCCCUUAUUUCAUGUACGUACAUUACCUUUAAAUUCUUUGACAUGAGGGGAAAAAAAUACCUUUGGCAUUUAUUUGGUGGCCUGAAACAUGCUUACUCCAAUUUUCUGUUUUAGUUUUUUGCAGUGGUGGGCACAGCUCCACUAAUUCGCUAACAACUAAUAGCAAAGCUAACUUUCUGAAUUAGCUUCUUCGCUAACUUCAGAAACUGUUAACGAACCAAUUAUGCUUCUGCUAAAAUGAGUGCUAACYUAAAGUCCACUAACAAAAACAWCUGUCCCCUGACACAUGUAGCGCUGCACGCCUGCAACACAUGCUUUGUGUUUGCGUGUAGCAUCUUUAGCAUUUUCRAAUUCAACUGCUCGAAAUUUUAUCUGUGUUUCGUGGAAGAAGAAAUGUUUUAUGAGCUUUUAACCAAUAUACUGACAUUUUUGUGGAUAUCACACAUCUAUGUUUAAAUUACAAAUCUUGAGAUCAAAGUUAACGUUAGAUUUCAUUCAUUUUCUACCUGUUUAGUAGUUUAGCAUUUGCAAAGCUAAUUUUGUAGUUAGCAGAUUGUUGGUUAGCAAAGCUAGCUUUUUUGUUAGCUGCGCCCACCACUGUUUUUUUAACAUGUAAUAUUUUGCAACAAGUUUUUUUCUUCUUUUACUCACUUGGGUAAAUCAAACAGGUUCAAAUUUAAGUGUUCAGUUUAAUGUCAGAUAUACUGUAGUUUUGUUGWUAUUCUAGGCUCUUUUACUGCUCUAGCUUACACUCAGCAGCAUAAAUACAACCUUGAGUUUCAGAUGAAGCAAAACUUGACAAUGCCUUGAAAAGUUUCAUAUGUUUAUACAAUGUUAGACUGACUAAAUGAACAUAUGUGCAUCCAUUUGUUUGGUUUUGCACRUUGAUUCUGUUAAAUCUGCAUGUUUGAUGUUAACUCUAAACAUCCCAAUGCCUUUGACUGCCCCAAGAGAUUUGCUUUGCAUGCGAGUGCUGUAUUGAAAACACUAUACUGUCUUGUUAUGUACUAAUUUAUUCCCACUUUACUAUUUCUGUUAUUUGGAUUAAAAAAAUAAUUCACCCAU